AUGGGAUGCAAGGUGCUGUUCAGCCUUGGUCAGCAGAUGCUGAGGCGGAAGGUAGUGGACUGCAGCCGCGAGGACAGCCGGCUGUCCCGCUGCCUGAACACCUUUGACCUGGUGGCACUGGGGGUGGGCAGCACACUGGGAGCCGGCGUGUACGUCCUGGCUGGAGCUGUGGCCCGUGAGAACUCUGGCCCUGCCAUUGUCAUCUCCUUCCUGAUCGCGGCGCUGGCCUCCGUGCUGGCUGGCCUUUGUUACGGCGAGUUCGGUGCUCGUGUCCCCAAGACCGGCUCGGCAUACCUCUAUAGCUACGUCACCGUCGGGGAGCUCUGGGCCUUCAUCACGGGGUGGAACCUCAUCCUUUCCUACAUCAUUGGUACUUCAAGUGUGGCAAGAGCCUGGAGUGCAACAUUUGAUGAGCUGAUUGGCAAACCCAUUGGGGAGUUCUCUCGGACACACAUGACUCUGAAUGCCCCUGGAGUGCUGGCCACAAACCCAGACAUCUUUGCUGUGAUCAUAAUUCUCAUCUUAACAGGACUUUUAACUGUUGGUGUGAAAGAGUCAGCCAUGGUCAACAAAGUAUUCACUUGUGUCAAUGUCCUGGUCCUGGGCUUCAUCGUCGUGUCAGGCUUUGUGAAAGGCUCGCUUAAAAACUGGCAGUUCACGGAGGAGUAUUUGCACAACAACUCGGGUCUCCUGUGCUCCAACAAUGAAACGAAAGCAGGGGAUCCCGGUGUUGGUGGGUUCAUGCCCUUCGGGUUCUCCGGAGUCCUGUCAGGAGCAGCGACCUGCUUCUAUGCCUUCGUGGGCUUUGACUGCAUUGCCACCACAGGUGAAGAAGUCAAGAACCCCCAGAAGGCCAUCCCCGUGGGCAUCGUCGCCUCCCUCCUGAUUUGCUUCGUCGCCUAUUUUGGGGUGUCAGCUGCCCUCACGCUCAUGAUGCCAUACUUCUGCCUGGACAAGGACAGCCCCCUGCCUGAGGCCUUCAAGCACGUGGGCUGGGAUGGCGCCAAGUAUGCGGUGGCCAUUGGCUCCCUGUGUGCUUUGUCUACGAGCCUUUUGGGUUCUAUGUUUCCCAUGCCUCGAGUUAUCUAUGCCAUGGCUGAAGAUGGACUGCUAUUUAAAUUUUUGGCCAAAAUUAACGAUAGGACCAAAACACCAAUAAUCGCCACAGUAACCUCAGGUGCCAUUGCUGCUGUGAUGGCCUUCCUCUUUGACCUGAAGGACUUGGUGGAUCUCAUGUCCAUCGGCACUCUCCUGGCUUACUCUUUAGUGGCUGCCUGUGUGUUGGUCUUACGGUAUCAGCCAGAGCAACCUAACAUGGUAUACCAGAUGGCCAGAACUACUGAUGACCUGGAUCAAGUAGACCAGAAUGAAUUGGUGAGCACCAGCGAUUCCCAAACAGGCUUUUUACCAGGAGCAGAAAAGUUUUCUUUGAAGACUAUACUUUCACCCCAAAACAUGGAGCCCUCCAAAUUCUCUGGGCUAAUUGUGAACAUUUCAACCAGCCUCAUAGCAAUUCUUAUCGUCAUCUUCUGCAUCGUGACUGUGCUUGGAAAGGAGGCUCUGAUAAACGUGGAGUGGUGGGCCAUCUUUAUGCUUAUUGUCUCUGCCAUCCUCUGCUCAGUCAUCACAGCCAUCAUCUGGAGACAGCCUGAGAGCAAGACCAAGCUCUCAUUUAAGGUGCCCUUCCUGCCAGUCCUUCCCGUCCUGAGCAUCUUCGUGAAUGUCUAUCUUAUGAUGCAGCUGGACCAAGGCACCUGGGUCCGGUUUGCGGUGUGGAUGCUGAUAGGCUUUGCCAUCUACUUUGGCUAUGGACUGUGGCACAGCGAGGAGGCAUCCCUGGUCACUAAACAAGCAAAGACUGCUGAUGGCAGUUUGGACCACUGCAAAUGA